CAACGUCUGCUUUGAAUCACACGAUCUGCCGCCAACUGUUUAAAAAUAACACCACGGACAUCAUGUUUUGAGAUAUAUAUGUAUAUAUGUUUAAUACAUCACUAAAACUUGUUUUGAUACAAAAUGGAUUCGGUGGUAGGAGAGGAUCAGAUACUGCCGAUUGACAUCAGUCUGAGUAUUUCCAGACUGCCAGAGUCUCUAAACAGCACCAACUUCAACACGGACAACAUGACAGCUCCUCUCUUUCCAGUACAGAGGAUGUCUCCAGCCAAAGCUCUGACUAUGAAGGAUUACGAGAACCAAAUCACAGCUCUAAAGAAAGAAAACUUUAACCUGAAGCUCAGGAUCUAUUUCCUGGAAGAGCGUGUGCAGCAGAAAUGUGAUGAUUCCACAGAGGACAUUUACAAAAUGAACAUUGAACUAAAGGUGGAGGUGGAGUCAAUGAAAAGAGAUCUGGCUGAGAAACAGGAACUGCUUGUGUCUGCAUCGAAAGCAUUGGAGAGUUUAGCCAGUCGAGGUGUUGAUGAUGGCCGAGAGCAGAUGAAGAGAGAAAUGGACUCACUCAGAGAAGCUUUCAGCGCUCGGAUUCAAGACCUGGAGGAGUCUCUGCAAACUGCUCAAGAGGAACUUGAAAACAUGGCUAUCAUUGCUGAACAGGAGAAGCUGAAGAAUCUUAGAUUGGAGAAAGAGCUGCAAGGCACCAACCAAUCAGGACCCUCAACUGGCUCAGGCUCCGCCCCUGAGCAGGUCAGAGAGCUCCAGCAGGCUCUUCAGCAGAAGGAGAGUGUUAUUCUGGAACUGCAAGUGUCACUAAAAGAUCAAGAUGCUCUGAUUAGAGAGCUUCGGAGAAAUGGUCCAGACCAGCCAAUAAUGGAGCAGAUGGCCCAAUUAAACUCUCUGAUUGGCCAAAAGGACAGAAAACUGCAGGCACUUAGGGAAGGACUAGAUCGUGAAAGAGGAAAUGCAGAACAGGACAAACAGGUGGGUGUAGAAAGGCAGAAUGAAUUGAGCAGAUUGGAGCAGAAGACCAGACAGCUGACUGAAGAACUCAACAUGGCCAAGAGCAGCAACCAGAUGCUCAAACGCACGCUGGAAGAGACCGAGAGAGAGAAGAAGGCUCUUUCUGAUGAGCUGCAGGAGAGAGAGAUCGAGCUGGCAGCAGAGAAGAAGAACUCUGUGAAACGAGAUAAAACCAUCCAGGGCCUCAGUCUGGUCCUCAAAGAGAAGGAGAAAGAGAUUGAGGAUUUGUCUCAUGAUCUUGAGGACAGGAAUCAGGCUCUGGCCAAAGCUCGAGAGGCCCUUCAUAAAGCCAAAUUACAAAAAUAUCAGGGAGCUGAAGAUCAGCAGUCUCUUCUCCUCGAGCAGCAGGCUGAAUUAUCGCGGCUCCAGACAGAGGCUCACUCAUCGCUGCUGGAAGCCCAGCGGCUGCAGCGUGUUCUGGGCAGCAGAGAUUCAGAGCUCUCCCUCCUUCAGCAGGCCAAACUACAGCUGGAACAGGAACUGGAACAACUACAACAGCAGAACAAGAAAGGAGACAAGACUAUUAAUGAUCUGCAGAACCAGUUAAAGAAGCUGAACGGUGUUCUGACUGACAAAGAGAACACUCUAGAAUGGCAGCGUCUGGAACAGCAGGAACAGAACCGAGCUUCUGAGCAAAAACUUCAGAACACCAUAGACCGUCUCACAGCGAACCUCAAUCAUAAAGACCAGCAGCUACAGGACUAUAUGAAUUUGGUGAGAGAUCUGGAGAAGAAUAAAACUCAGGAUGGAGGUGAUGUCAUGGUGGCUAAACUGAGAGUACGGCUGAAGGAGAAAGAAAAAGCUCUUGAGAAAGCACUGGAUGAUAAGUUUGUUGCAGUGGAGGAGAAAGAAAAUGAGAUCCAUUUGUUACAGCUGAGUGUGAGAGAGAAAGAAAGAGAUUUGGAACACCUCAACAACCUGCUCUCACACAACGAAGAGACCAUUAAUAGUUUUGAUGCUCUCGUAAAGGAGAGAGAUCUUGAGCUACAGCAGCUUUUGAACUCUUUGAAGAAUCUUCAGAGGUGUAAAGACGAGACUGAAGAUAAUCUACAGAGAGCUCUGAGAGAGAAAGACUCUAUUAUACAACACUUACAACAGGCCCUGGACAACAAAACAAAAGACAUGGAGGAGAUGGCCAAUUCAGUUCUAAACCAAUCAGAAUCUCAGGGUCGGGACCUGGCAGAGCAGAUGAGUCAGAGGUUAAAGGUUACAGAGGUCAUGCUGUCAGAGGCGGUAAAGGACCAAGAAAGGCUUGUGACUGAGAAUCAGACCGCUGUUGAAACCCUGCUGGCGACCAUCAGCAGCAAAGACCAGCUACUGAGGGAGAGUGCGGAGCGUCACGCACAGGCUUUGAAUGAUCGUGGCGCUGAACUGCAGGAUCUGCGCAGACAGCUUACAGACACGCAGAUGCAGCUCAGAAAUGCACAGAAACUGAGCACCACAGCAACACAAGAGGGUCACCUAGAGACUGCUGAACUCCGUGCCAUGUUGGCGGAGAAGGAAGCUCUCAUUAUUAAACUGUUAGAACGUGGGCAGGAGAAAGAUCGCAUCCUGUUGGAAAUGAGAACAGGUGAAGCUCCGGCCCCUCAGGUGCUGGAGUUAAGACAGACCAUUCAGGUGCUACAGGAUAAACUUGAGGAGAGGGAAGCUCAGCUGAGCAGAAGAAACAGUGAGGAAACUCUGGAUACAACUACAGUCAAUAAGAAAUCUGCUGUAGUUUUGAAGAAAGAGCUCACACAGAAAACAGAAGCUCUGAAUGCAGCACUGAAGAGAGAGAACCAACUCAAGAUAUCACUAGCAGAGCUUCGGUCCAUGGUCUCAGAACUGGAGACACGAUUAGAGGGACAGACAGCCAAUAUUGACUCCCUUACAUCUACGCUCAACACUCAAGAGGAAAUUAUCACUGAGCUGCACCAGCGUUUGCCUCAGCGAGGAGACAGCCUACCUCCUCUGACCUAUGACCGAGCUUCGCGACCUGGUGAGGCCGAAUCCAGUCUCUCUUCCCUCCCUCAGAGAGAAAGAACCAUCAUCGGAGGAGACCGCCAACCGGAGAAUUUGGCAUCUCUGUCAGAUCUUCGGACUGAGCAGGCGGAGUUAAACUGCGCUCUGAAAGCUGAGCAGCAUCUCUACUCCAACCUCAUCAGAGCCGUCAAAGAGCAGGACAGUGUUGAGAGGCUGCAGGCUUUACAGUUGGAGCUCACAGUGGUGUCACUCCUCAGACAGCAGCUGGAGAGCGGCAUUCAGAUGAACGCAGAGCUGAGAGAUCAACUACAGAGGGAGAUCCAGAGAGCCAAUCAGAGAGAAGGUUCAAACCCUUCAGAGUUAGAGAGCAUGCGUGACGCAUUGGAGGAAGCCCAGCGCUGGAACGCCUCUCUGCAAGCCCGACUGGGGCAGAUUCAAAACCGAGGUGGAGGGGUCGGACAGGCCAACGAUUCUGUGGACACACUGAGUUUGAUUGGCGAGCAGACGUCCUACAUGAGUAUAUGUGUGGGGGAGGGGCCAGAGGAGGAGCUGCAGCACUUGACUGUGGAGCAACUCAGACUAAAGGUCUCAGAGCUACAGGCAAUAAAUGCCGAACUACAGAAGAGACUGGAACUUAUGGAGAAAGGCAUUGUGGGUAAUGAUCCAAGAGACUCUCAGAAAGAGCCAGACCAUAUCAAACGUUCAACUCCUAGCAAGAUAUUAAAGCAAACGCAGGAAGAGCUGCUGCCUACCGCUAAAGCUGUCAUGACACUAACGCCUAAAAACGCAAAGGAGAGAUAUGAUGAUGGAGAUCGUUCUCCAAAGGCUUGGGGUGAAAGUCAUCAGCCAUUACAGACUCAGAGAGAGCAAAGUGCCCCAUCAACCAUGUCCAGACUAAAUGAUGAAUCCAAAAAAGCAGAACUCCAAUCGCUUCUUACAGACUGUGGGGCAGAGUCAGUCUCUCAGCUUAGGGUGCAAGUGGCCAAACUUCGCUCAGAAACUUUAGACCUCCGUGGACUCUUGAAGGAAGAAAACACCGCUGAGUCCAAAGAGAAUGCAGAGAGUUCUGGAGAAAGUGAUAGGGAUGGCGACUUACAAGAAACUGUCAAGACACUCCGUUCAGAGGCCAAAGGUUACCGAAAGGUCAUCCGACUGCUAAAGGAGCAGCUCCAGCAGAACUUGACAUCGGAUGCUGGAAGUCGAUUUGUCUCGGAGAUGAUUGUCAGCUCGACAAAUGAUUUGGAAAGACAACGAGUAGAAUGUGAAGACUCACAGAGGCACAAUCACACACUGCAGAAAGAGGGCAAGCAAAAAGAAAAGAAAGAAAUGGAAGAAAAAGAAGGGAGAAGAAAGCAGGGCCAAAACAUUAAACCCAGCAAGCGUCAAAAGCAGCACAUGGCCAGACAUGCAACGUAUGUAAGAUCCCGUCUCCCGGUACCAGUGAGGCUUAUUAGGAGUUCUGGGCAGAGUUCUGAGGAUCUUAGUGAGGUGAAUUCACACCAUAUUCACCCCAGAAAUAGAGACCUCACUGGGGAAGAAGAGUCCGACUACAGCACCGACAGCAAGACAUCUUUGAGGUUAGCUCAGGAUGAACAUCUGGAAUUAGACCAUGUUAAAGACUCCAGGCUUUGUCCAACAAUCAGGUCUAAACAGAACACUGACGUCGGACAGAACCCAGACCAGAAUCUGGAAUCUGAGCUCAUUGCGCAGUUAGAGCUGCUAAAUCAAGAAUGCCAGGAGAAGGAGGAGCUUAUCUCUCGCCUUCAGCAACAAGUCCAGGAUUGGGAGAAGCUUCAGGCAGAGCUGCAAAAGAAAGACCGACUCAACCGAGAAUACCUGGAGGCUCUGCAAGCGGCAGAGUCCACCAUAACAAACCUCACCACAUGCAGCCUGGACUCUGAGUGUGGUUUAAGUCAAACAGGAGGUGUAUCAAUGCAGCAACGGUGUGAAGAACUUCAGAAAGCUGUUGAGGAGAAAGACCGACUUAACGCACAGCUUUUAGAGUGUUUGAACACAGCAGAGUCUGCCAUCGCAUCGCUCCGAGAUGUGGACACAACGAGCAGCUACACAGAUCGAGCCCAUGGGGAGGUUGAUCCACAGGUUCUGUGUGAGAGGCUUAAGGAGCUGAUUAGACAGGUAAAAACUUCUCAGCAGUGUGAGGACAGUGUAAUCCCAGGCAAUUCUGACCUGCAACGGCAGGUGGAAUCACUGCAGGAGUCGCUGUUGCAGCAGUGCAGACUGAAUUCGGAGUUGCAGGAGAAGCUCAGAACUGCAGAAGCGGCUGUUAAAAAGUAUUUUGUAACUGUCAACGCCAAGCAUAACAGUGCCCCCACAGGUCUGGAUGGGAAACACACCCCAGAACCUCAAGAAGGAAAGGUCCCAUCAUUGCAACAGCAGCAACUGACUAACUGUCUAUCUGAGUGCAUUAGAGCUGCCGAAGGGGCUGUCCAGUCUCUUGCAGAUGUUUGCUCAGGGCAAAACCAGUCUCAAAAGAACUCAUCCAGUUUAGAGUUUCAACAAUGGCUUGACAGGCUACAAUGUGCUCAGCUUGAGAGAGAGUUAUUAGAGGACCCAGCCUGUUCUGAGAGACACCAACAAAAGACCAGUACGCCUAUUCUGCAAGGCCAAGAGAACCAAGAGAGUUUUAAAACAUUACGGCAACAGAAUUUACUGGAAUCCGUGUCCUCACACCAGAAUCUUCAUAAGAACCUCUUGAUGCUUCUUCAAGUCCAAAUGGAGCAUGCUCAAAAAUUGACCAAAUUCGAGGAGGGGGAUAAAGAUAAUAUCAGUGGGUGUGGCCAAAGUGGAGGAGGUGGAGAAAUGCCUCAAAAUGAAUGUCUGGAAAGGGAUGACCACAUUGAGAGAUUGCAGAAAUUAGAGAAGAAACUGCCGAUAGCUCAGUCCGUUAUUGCUGGGCACAGUUCAAGCAAGGAUGAACAGUCUGAUCGGCACAAAGCGCCCCCUGGUGAACGGGAUGAUAAAGGGGUGCAAGUGGAGGCGCAGGACCUUGGGUAUGAAACAAGUGGAAGGAGUGAGAGAGAGGAGGGCAGUAGCACAGAUGUGGACGGUGUUUUGCGGUUGGUUCCUGCUCUGUCUCCUGUCCUCCAGAGGACUCAGGACAGAUUCUCUCCUGACACUACAGCAUCCAGCCCUUCGUACCCCAGCUCUCCAGGCCUGAGCUCUCCUCGACCCUGCGAUUCUAGCGCUGACCCAUCUGAACCUAAUGCUGACCCUGCCCUGCUCCGCCAGCACCUCCAGCACCUCAGAUCACAGGUUGAAGGUCAGCACAGAAUCAUCCAGCACCUCCAGCGUCAGCUACGAAAGAAGUCUUUGUCAUCGGAGCUCUUGAGCGUGACCUCUGACGCUGCAUGUGCUGAGGAAGAAGGGGAUAUGAAGCUGAUGAAGUCCCAGCUGAGCGCAGAGCUGGAGAAAGAGAGAACUCUGAACAGAACCAGCCAAUCAGGCUCUCCAUCUAGAAUUGAGUCUCUAGUCCAGUCUCAGGCCCGGGAGUUAUGUGAGCUGCGGGAACAGAUCCGUGUGUCUCGUGGUUUGGGCAUUGAACAGCGUAAACAGCUGCUGGAGCUCAGAGGGGCUCUGGAGGAGUUGCUUCAGCCCAGCGAGAUGCACUCUGUUCAGGGCACCCAAAUCAAAGAGCAGCUGGACCGCAGCCUUGGCCUGUUGGAGAAACUAGAGCAAGUUUCAUCAGGAGGUGCUCACAUGGAUAAUGAGGGGGCAGAGUCAGAGGUGACACUCAGACUGUCUGCAGAAGUGCUGGAGAAAGACCAGCUCAUUCAGUGCCUGCAAGAUCAACUUCGAAAGCAAGUUCCCAGAAUGCAGCAGCACUCAGACUCUGAGAUGAGUGCCAGGCUGUCAAGUGAUGGCACCUCUUCCUUCUGUGGUAGCCCUCAUGCUGUCCACAGAGUUCACACAGGGCUGAAGGCGACCAAUGGCAAUGCAUCUCCAGAUACGAGGCUGGGACCCAGGGGCGUGGCUGUUGAAGAGGGCGUGUCUGAAGGUGAUGAGGGGAGUGUCCGAAUGAUGCAGCAUGAAAACGGGCGGCUACAGGAGCAGCUGAGGAGCAGCGAGGAGCUGAACGCUACACUCCGCAGUGAACUGGACCUCACCCGCUCCAUCCUCAAACACAACACUCCAUCCAAAACCUCACAGAACAGAACCACAGACAAACAGCCAGAGCAGCAGAACACAUCAGCCAGCAUGAGUAUUAACUCAGAUCUGUUGGCGGAACACUUGCUGGAGAUCCGAGCGUUGCGUCAGCGUCUUGAAGAGACGAUCAGAACCAACGAGAGACUCCGAGAACAAUUAGAGAGAAAAUUACAGGAAGCUGAGACAGACCCAGCCACCAACAUCUUCAUUGCUGGUUCUGAGGAUCAGGCUCACUUCAGCAGUGAACUUCACUUCCUGUUAGCACAGAACCACACACUCAAAGAGCAGCUGAACCAGGGAGCACGAGAUAAGCAGAAAGAGAAUGAUCGGCUGAGAGAGACUCUGGCUAGAAGAACAGCUAAACUGGAGCUGAGCAGAAAAGAGUGUGAAACGCUAAAACAAGAGCGAACACAGCUACAGGACAACCUGUACAGAUUGCAGUGUGAAAACUCUCAUCAGAGGCAGCAGUUGUUAGACACUCAGCAGCUUCUGCAGUCUGUGCGUGUUGAACUACAAAUACAGGAACAUAUCAAGAACUCCACGCACACUCACACAGGAGAGGGCCAUGAUUCAGGAUCUGGUUCUGCAGUGGAUCUGAGUGAGUUAUUGGCUGAGAUCAGACAGCUGCGUAUGCUGUUAGAGAGAAGCAUCCAGACCAACACAACACUCAGACAGAGACUAGAACAACAACUACUGACCCGCACAGACCCCAAAUCUACCAUCAACAUCAACUACCUGCUGCCUAACACAGAUGAAGCUGGUAAAUUAAAUGCUCUUCACUCACAGACAGACCCGUCUAGUGCUGUACAUGACAGUGGUAAUUCAGCAGACAGCGGCUCCCAUGCUCCGUCCCGGCUGGUUCCGGGUCAUCGGCUCUGGGUGGACCGGUGCGGCCGUCAUGUUCUGGGUUUGAUAGAAGAUUAUAACGCCCUGCGCAAACAGAUCAGUGAAGCCAAAAGACUCAGUGCAGACAUGGACAAACAUGUACAGGACUGCAGCAGGGCUGUAGAUCAGUUUCAUAUGAAGAGUUUCUCCAGCAGUGUGAACACUUUGCAGCACGUUCUAGAGGAGGCUGCACAACUUCUCAAACUGCUCUGGAGAGUCUCACUUCCCUCAGGAGGUGGCACACACUCUCAACAGGAUGAGCUGUUGAAGAGCGAGAUCUCUCAUCUGAAGAGUCGUCUCUCACAGCAGGAGAAAAUGUUGACUGGAGCUGUCAAACGCCUGAGAUCCACCAAUCAGCUGAAAGAGGGCAUGGAGCGUGUCAUCAUGUACCAGUUGUCUCUUACUCACGGUGUGUUGAAAAGAGCUAGAGGAAACCUGGAGUCUAACUAUUUGAACAUUUAUGGCCCGAAGGGUCUGCCGGUGGAAGGACGUCCCACUGAGUGGCCAGUGACCAAUGAGAAAACAGCUACUAUGUCCAGUCCACAGUGAGAACAACUCACAUUGCAGCUCUUAGUGACGUCAUCCCCCGAUUUGUCUAAUUUAUUUUUCUUCUUUUUGAGGUACACCAAUGCAAUACAGUACACGUAAGUCACUUUUGACAUGGCUGUAAUAAAAGGGAAAUGUUUUUAUUUUUUAAA